AUGUCGGGCGAGGCGUGGUUAUACCUGCUCGCCGUCCUAAUAAAUGCCGUCAACCUCUUCCUGCAAGUCUUCUUCACCAUCAUGUACAGCGAUCUCGAGUGUGACUACAUCAACCCGAUCGACCUCUGCAACCGUCUCAACACCUACAUUGUUCCCGAAGCUGCCGUCCACGCCUUCUUGACAUUCCUCUUCCUUAUCAAUGGAUACUGGUUGGCCAUUCUGUUGAAUCUACCGCUCCUGGCGUUCAAUGCGAAAAAAAUCAUCGAGAACCAGCAUCUACUUGACGCCACAGAGAUCUUCCGAAAGUUGAACGUCCAUAAAAAGGCAUGUACAGCCUCUGGGCCCGAUGACGUGUCUCGUUUACUAAUGCUGAAUCCUUGA